AACAUGAGGAUGUUGCAAAGAGCAAGACACAAGGCAAGAUAGAAUAUUUGGUAUCUAAUUGUACAACAAAACAAACAAAACCAACAUACACUUUGUUUCUGGAGUUUUUAUAUGAUUUUUACUGGCUUAGCAAACCUUGUAGCCAUCGACUUUUCCUUUAUUUUAUUGAGAUACUUCUUCUUGAGGUCAAACCUCAAUUCUGAAUCUGCCCAAACCAAAAACUUUACAGGAGACCUUCUUCUUCUUCUUCUUCCUUCUCAAGGUCCUGUUAACCCACCUCUAUCUGUUAUGGCUAAAAGUUCCCAUGUACCGAAGUUUGGCGACUGGGAAAAUGAUGAUAAUGUACCAUAUACAGACUAUUUUGAGAAUGCACUCAAGCACAAAUCUGGUGUGAAAAUGAAUCCAAACGAUCCGGAAGAGAAUCCAGAGGCUUUCAUGGCCUUCAAUACUAGAAGAGCUGAAAAAAACACCAAUAUUAAUAACAUUACACAGCCUCAUAAUAAUAAUGAUAAUUACCAUAUGAUCAAGGGGGUCAGACACCUUGCUGAUCGUCGUAGUGAUAAAAGGAUUAAUUCUGCACAUCAAAACGUCAUGGGUAGCUACAAGAGCAACACUACUACUUCGGAAUCUCUCAGCGAUGAUCAGGAAAGCAGUUCUGCUUAUUCACUCCUGGAUAAUAGACGAGCAAGAAUUUCUCGGAGAAAGAAGAGUGAUGGUUUGGCUCAAGGAAUUAGUUCUAAUGGAUUGCCUCAGUUGGCUCAGGAGCACACCAGCCACACACACACAAGCGGUAGUAAUAUUGUUAAGCACUCCUCCUCUACUCACAACGCUCACCAUAGAGCAACAUCAUCAAUACCCAAAUUUGGGGCUUGGGAUGAAGCAGACCCAAGAUCAGGGGAAGGUUUUACUGCCAUUUUUGAGAAAGUGAAGGAGGAAAAGAAAAUUGCAUCCACCAAUUUCCCAGCUGCAGCUGCUGCAACCCACCAGCCGUACGAUCAUACAAACAGUCGGACUAAACAUGGAAGAUGUUGGUCCAAAUCAUCAAAGAUGUGUUGCUGCCUCUUUUUGAAGAAAAGCGAAUGAUUUUAACUAUAUAUGGCUUUGCCUUUGCUUCUCAAUAUGGCGAGGAUGGAUAGGAUAAUUACUAUCUUUGGAUGGCCCUAUAUAUGAAGAGUUUUUCUCUUUUUUUUUUUUUUUUUUUUUUUUUUUGAAGUACUAUAUAUGAAGAGUUGAAGACCAGGAUUUAAGUUUUUAAUUUUUUUAAUUUUUAAAGCCUGGACCCUAGUGAUUCUAUUAUCCGAUAAUUUAUUAAUUGAGUACAAAAUUACCAAAAUUGUGUAGGACCCAG